CCCCAAUUCUAAAAACCAAGUUUUUCACACACAACUCAACUUCCAAAACAAAAAGAAACAACCCCUUUUUCAUUUUCAAAGUGUUUGAACACUACUUGACUCUAGAAAUGAAAAUGGGUAAUAGUGCUACUAUUGGAGGUUCAAAAAGAAGGUUAUCAUCAACAACAUCAAGUAGAGGACUUGGAGGAGUUCUCAAAGAACAAAGGGCUAGGCUAUACAUAAUAAGAAGGUGUGUGGUCAUGCUUCUAUGUUGGCAUGACUAAUUAAGUAGUUAGUUAAGUUGAGGUCUUUAAGACUUAGAAGUCCAAGCUUGCUUCCAUGCAAUUGAACAAGAUUGGUUCUUUCUCUUUUUUGCCUUUUCUUUUUACCUUCUUCCUUUAAUUCAUGGUGGGGUGUAAAUAGCUGACGGAUGGAUAUUAUGGGAGAGCGUAACAAUUUUUUGUUUGUCAUGAGUUGCUAGCCUAUUAUGUACAUUGGAAUAUCAAUGAAUUAUAUUAGUGAUUUAACAAUUUCAAUUUUGU